GCAAAGGCGGCGCCAUUGUGAUGGACAUGGUGGUGCAGUUGGAGCCGAGGAACCCCAUCGGCUGAGAAGCUGAGACAGAAGCACUGAGAACAUUCUUGUAGUGACGGCGGCUUGGUGGAAUAUGGUCAUCUCUUUAUCAAGGCUGUGAAGCUAAGGGGGCCAGGCAGAGUGUUCUCCUCUCUGGGGGCCUCACGAUGGCAGACAUCUGCUCAUUGCCUUCUCAUAAACAGUGUUUGGCGUUUUCUCCUUAUCCUCCUGGUGCCUUGCACUUGGCAGAUGGAUCGGCUGCUCUCCAUGGUAACGGUUGUUCCUCAACGGUAAGGGCUGCUUCUCUGCCAGGCUGCAAAGCCAUCACAUUCUACAGCUCGCAUCAUGUUGCGAGGGUGUCAUCCGAACCUGGUCUAGAAACCGCCAGGUCGCGCAUCAGGCAACGUGCCUGGCAGCAUGAGAAGGAUUUUAGGGUUUCAGCCCUGGCGGCCCGUUCACACUCUCCUACCCUUUGCCGCCCUCGACACGAUGAAAAGGACUACAUCGUCUGGGAUGCUCCAAGGGAGGCUGGGCGUGCUUUCACACUGGAUAAUGAGGAUGAGGCCUCUACCUCUGGGGAGGGCCUCUGGGGUAAAACGGAGAGGGCUGCGAAGGCCAGAGGGACUAGACACUGGCUGGUAGAGGAAAGGGGUCGGGAGGGAAGCGACAGUAAAGGGUUCUGGACGACAGAAGGCGAGGAGGAAGGGCCGCUUCCAUGGUACUCGCAGGAGCGAGUCUUUGACGAGCUGUUUGGGCGGGAAACUUUUAAUGCAGCUGGCGGCGUGGCCACCUCACACCGCUCCCCCAGGAAAGAUGCCGAUGGCUGGGAGGAGCUCCACACUGUCCCAGACUCUCUGCCUGGGCCAAAGCCACAUCCUUCACCCUGGCAAGAUUCAGACGGAAGUUUCGACCUCGACGAAGCCCGCGCCGAUUUCCAAGUCCUACGGGGGAUGCUGCAAGACCUGCGGAAGGGGGGACGUAGAAAAGUGCAGUCUCAGAGAUGGGAGGGUUUGCCUCUGCCGGCAGCAAGGUUGGUCCAGGGGGGGCUGGAAAAGCGUUCGGGGGUGCGGGCGAAAAGUGCGGGUUUGUUACGUGGAGUGACGGCCUCAGAGAGCGUGGGUCGGCCAGACAGAAGGCCGGGAGUUGUGGUUGAUGUCAGCGAGUCUCUUGGCCCCCUGGAGGCAUUUCUCGACGCCUCGGCGCAGUUUGGAAGUGCCGAGGAUUUGGUGGCCGCAGCAGAGCAGCCAGAGUCCGAGAGGGGGUUUUCGCACUUGCCUAAGGCGAAAACGGCCGCACCUGCUAUUCCUCUGCUGGGGGUCGAGGAAAGGGCAGUCCAAAACGGGGUGAACUUUCCGGCGGAGAGUGUGAAUGCACCCUGGGAAGGUGUGAACACUUUGAGGAAGAGGGAAGUUGUCAGUCCGAACGGCACUGCUGCCCUAACGGAGGGGACAGGCUGUUCUCUCAGGGGAGCGAACGGGGCAGAAAGACCGGUCAUCGGGCUGAACUCCUCUAGGGGAGGAGCGCAGCCUUCGACGACUGGUCGGAAAGCUUCCGGUAGAAAGCCCCAAGCAGGGGAAGCCGCGUUGCAGCGGGUGGUGCGGCGGUUGCUGGAAGAUGAUGUGUUGGGUGGGGCAGAAAUGCCAGAGGGGCAGAGGAGGGAGCGCUUGGAAGAGCCGUUGCAAACGUCCAGGGGCGGCAUGGCUGAAGCAAUGGGGCGGGAAGUUGGCAAAGAGCGGAGAAGAGCCCAGGCAAGAGCUGAAGGGAAACUUGAGGGAAGAAAGGAGACGCAAGGGGGGCCGGAGCUUGUGAGUCGAAUAUCGGUAAACGGGACUGCGCGGCCUGCGAUCGGCGAUUCAGAGGACACGAGAAGAGAGUCGGCCGGGAGGGCCCCGUCAGGGGUCGCGCCACAACUUGAGGAGCCCACCUCUAGUUCGUCAGGGGGAAGUGCCCCCAGCAACGGCGCCUGGAAGGGAAAGUCGGUGUGGCGGCGGGAUGCUCCUGAGGCCCCGUCAGAGACCAGGCAGGAGAUGGGAAGCCCCGCCUCUAGUUCUUCCCAGAACGUGGUCGCUAGCAAUGGGGCCUGGAAAGGCCGGUCGGUGUGGCGGAGAGACGUUGGCGCUGCCAGCGCUGAGGCCCUGUCAGAGCCGAAGGCUGCGCGUUCUUCUAGUUACAGCCCGCCCGAGACGCCAAGAACAGGGCCUUCUGAGGUUGAGCCGGUGGACGAGUCCCUGGUUUCGGCUGUCGUGUCCGCCGUGACUUCGCUUCUCGAUGCGGAAGAGGGCGUCUCUUAUCAGAAACUAGAAAGGGUUUUGGAGCCUUGGGCGGGGCAGGUUUCGCAGCCGGGUUGGGAGCGGGUUAUGGAAGAACUGGAAGGCGAGGGGGACUGGGGGGCUGUGCUGGCGGUUUUGGCAUGGAUGGUCGGGCGGCAUGCGGGGACCGAGCCUGAGAUCGAGAGAGCGUUCUCGAACUCAUAUCCGGGGUCGGAGGGCGCUCUCACCGGGGCUUUCCUUUGGGCAGACCUGGAGGGCGCUUCAGAAUCGGUCUCUGACAGGGGGUGUGGAAAUGGGCAAGAGGGGCUCGUUUCUGGAUCGGGGGCCAGAGCCGGGCUGGGCAAAAUGGCAGGUGGAGAGCCGGUCCGGGCUUUGCUAGAGCGUGAGUACGGGGACUCGUCGAUACUGGGGGGUGGCGUAAGCGUGCGGCCGGAAGAGCGGAUCAGGAUCGAUGCAGACGUCUUAGAACGGGCGGUAGGCGACCAGGCGUGCUCUUGUCGGAUCUGCGCUUCGUCUCGGGGGGGCGGAGCGCUGUUUCACGAAGACGAAGACGACCCGCUUGUUAGCUCUGGUCCUGGCUCGGGGGACGAAAACGGUUUGCGUUUAGAGUCCGCUUUGCCCGGGGGUUUGGGUGCCGCGCAGGCGUCCUUUGCGAACCGGGGGGUCUUGGAAGGGCGGCCUGCCGCCCCCCCGAAACGGAGGAAGCGGCGGAGGGCGUCGCUGCUCUCACGCAACGUGUGCGCGACAGCUGUCCGGGCGCUCGGCGCAGCGGGGCGGGUACCCGAGCUUCUCGCCUUGCUACCGCAUCUAGGGGGAUCCCUCGCGGGGCAGAAUCUGAGCAAGGCGCUGGUGAUGCACCUCGCGAGGGACGGGAAAGUGGAGGAGGCCCUGUCGGUGCUCCUGUCGUCGCCGCACCGCACCGUCCCGCUGUACAACGUGGUCAUGGAUGCGGCCAGCAAGGCCUGGCUGGGCCACGAGCGCGUGGUCGCCAUUUUCGAUCUCAUUCUUUCGGACGGUUUGGACCCGACCGUCUGGAGCUACAACACCGUGCUGUCCGCGCUCGUCCGCGAAAACAUGCUGCCCGAGGCGUUCUACUGGCUGGACGAGAUGCGGGUUCGGGGCUGCAAACCCGACGCGGUUAGCUAUAACACGCUGAUGGGCGCGCGAGUGCAGUUCAAGGUCGCGCGGGGGAUCUUCGAGCAGAUGCUGAGGGAGGGGGUUACGCCUAACCUGAGGACGUUCAACGUGCUCAUUGCGGCGGUUGCGGCGAUCGGGGACUACGAGGAGGCCAAGACGUGGGUCGUCCGGAUGAAGGGGAUGGGCAUCGAGCCGUCGCAGGUGACGUACAACUCCCUCAUCACGGCGUGUCUGAACGGCGGCUCGGGGCUCGACGAGGCCCUGUCCGUCGUCGAGCAGAUGGAGGAUGCGGGCUUCUUUCCCGACGUUGUCACCUACAACAUCCUCAUCGGGGCCUGCAGCCGAUUUGGAUGGCUUGAGGAGCGGAAUGACCUGCUGGCGGAAAUGAACUCGACCGGAAUCAAGGCCAACGACAUCACGCGGAAGAUGAUAGCGCUCCAUAGGCCGGACGAUUUAGAGAGGGGGUUUAGGAAACGGUUCGAGGUAUGUUCUGUACGCGAACAGAAUGUGAAGGUUGUAGUCGAAAAGAAGGGGCGACGGCAGCGGAAGGUUAGCUAAGCUAGCACUGUACAGAAGUUCGUAGGUAUGCAUUAGUUCGUGAUAGUUCUGCCGACAGCGGCAACAAUCUGGUAGUCAAAGGUGACAAAUGAUCCGACAAAGCCUUGAGCUAGGGGUUCAGGUCGUCCGGUGGGGAUCAAAUUCCGGACCCUCUUUAAAACACUCAAAUCCGGAAAGCCUUUCUUUUCAC